UAUUUUCAGGUUCGUUUCCCUAAACUUCAAAAAAGUAAACAUACAACAGAGGAAGUGUUGCAAGGGUCGACGGAAAUUUCCCGUUAACGGCCGUUUAUGGCAAGACAGUUCCCUGUUAGGUCGUCAACAGUCGUUAAAGUUAUACUUCAGAGAACAUUCAGAAUGGGUUUUACACAAGAGCCUCAAAACGUUGUCACCAGCAAGGUUCGCCGCGGAGCGUUAAUUGUGAUGGAAGGUUGCGAUCGCUCAGGCAAAACAACACAAGCUAAGUUGCUUAAGAAAACCUUGGACGAUGCUGGCAAACCAACAGAUUUUAUGUGCUUUCCAGACAGGAGCACCCAGAUCGGUGGCAUCAUUAAUAAUUACCUCAAGUGUGGCACUGAAUUGGAGGACCACGCCAUUCACCUGCUUUUCUCCGCCAACAGAUGGGAGUUGUUACCCAAAAUAAAGAUGACUUUAGCAAAGGGAACCAACAUUGUCAUUGAUCGCUACGCCUUUUCAGGCGUUGUUUUUUCCGCUUCGAAGGAGGGCAUGUCUUUGGAAUGGUGCAAGAAGAGCGACACUGGGCUCCCUAAGCCAGACUUGGUGCUGUACCUUGAUGUAAGCGAGAAGGACGUGCAGAAACGAGGGCAGUUUGGUGCAGAGCGCUACGAGAAGGAGGAGUUCCAGAAACGUGUGCGGGCGAACUACGAGCUACUCAAGGACGACACUUGGAGGAUAAUUGAUGCAAGUUUGAGCAUUGACAAGCUUCAAGAAGUAAUUAAAGAAGAGGUUCUCAAAGUUAUAAACAAAACAAAAGAUGAAAAAAUACCAGAGCUUUGGGUUGAAUGAUCGUGCAUCAGUGGAUAUUUUAUAGAAUUUCUAAUAGAGGUAAUUCACAAGAAAGAUGGUUAAAAUUAACUUGCACUUUGAGGAGGAUACACGGAUAACCCGCAAAUGGGAGAGAGAAGCUUAUGACAUUAUUGCUACUUGUAAAUUGUUCAAGUGGGACCGAAAUGUUUUCAUAGGCUCCUCUUAUGUAUAGGUUAUUUGUGUAUUGUUCCAGCCACAGUAUUGUGACUUUUUCUUCACUUUGGGGAGGAAACUGAUGUUUCAGUUUCUCCAGGACCAUUAUCAAAUCACAACUGAGAAACUGUGAAGACAGGUCAGGUGAAGAGGUAGGAAUAAAUAAUUUUUAAUUGGGUAGUGGGUGUGUGGCUGAGUUGACACAUGAUGGAAAAAGACAACUCUAGCUAGAGACCUUUUGUUGUUACACCUUCAAUUUAACAGACAUUGGAAAAAUGUAGCUAAUCCGCUGGGUCGGUUGGUUUGCAAAGUGAAUAAAAAUGGCUGGUUACAAUUGGAACUAAGCACUAAACCCACAAGGGUCAUACAGCUCUGCUGGUUUAUAUAUUGGUAAGUGUUAUGAUCAUUGCAAAACAACUGAUCUUUGUCCACCAUUUUCAAUUCUCAUCUUAGAUGAUUAAAUUGAGGCUUUUUUUUUUUAUAACAUUUUACCAAUGAGACACUGGUUUUAUCAGUACAGUGCUUGAUAAAACCAGAAAGUGGUUUUAUUAAGUACAGUACUUUAUACAAUCACUUGCUUGUUUAAUCAAGUACAGUGCUUGCUGGUUAUAUCAAGUACAGUGCUUGCUAAAACCACUUGCUGGUUUAUCAAAUACACAGUAUUUUAUAACGUUACUGCAAGUGUCUUCAGUUUUUUACAUUGUCAAGUCACAGGACUAAUUUUGUCAAAUUCACUAAGGGACCAAGGAUUACAAGUUGAUCAUCCUUACAAUCAGUGGCUGCUCGUCCAUAGGAGCUGCAGUCCCCCCCCAAAUGCUCACUGCCAGAUGUAUGACGAUUUCAACCUUAUGCUAAAAUAAUUUCAACUGAUGAAUGUAUUACAGGAAAAAUCUGUUGUAUGUUGUUUUAAAUGAAUUUAUAAGCGAAUUUUUUUUUUUGUUCAAAUGAGAUAAAAAAUGAUUAAAAAUAUAAGUUGGUACAGUACAAUAGUAUGGGUAUUACUGGCGCUCCAUCAGGCAGCGAGGAGCUGCAGGAUUGUAAGGAUUGCAAGUUGAUCAUCCUUACAGGGAAGCAACUGUUGCUAAUAUUUAUAAGGAGCACUAAACCCAUAAGGGUCAUUCAGUACUAUAUGAAGGUUCCAUCAAUCCAAUUUUCCAUUUGCAAUUUAUUUUUUGACUUCCCUAAAAUAUGCUGGACUGUAGCCUUAGUAUUUUAGCCAUUUUUGGAUAGUUUAUGUAUUACUAAGAAUCACUUCGUGGGUACUAUUUUAUACUGAUUUAAAUAUGUACUGACAGGGGUACAAGGGACUUUUUUAUGCCUAUGAAAAUUAUUUUUAGCCUUCAUUGAAAGAUACAUAUACAAGACUUCCAUGUUUUUAGGAUUAACUGAUCUAAUAGUUCUUCCCAUGGGACCAUGUAUGGAAAAUUAA